AUGAGCUUUCAGGACAUCGAAAGAGUGUCCGAAUCCAAGAAAACCCAUGGUACCAACAACCGAAGAGAUUCAACUACGUCGUCGGAACAUAUUAUUUUGCCACAGGCAGUCAAAACCGCGUCUGCAGAUUCGUCCGACUCCCUACUGGGCGCGCUGGGCAACGAAGAGGAACAUGACAUUCAAUAUCGAACCUGUUCAUGGCACCACACCACGGGACUGAUGCUCUCAGAGUACAUUGUUUUGGCCAUUAUGUCGUUUCCGUGGUCUUACUCUGUGUUGGGCAUCGUACCUGGUAUCAUUCUGACUUUAUUUGUUGCGUCCACCGUGCUAUAUACGGGGCUCACCAUCAUUGAAUACUGCGAAAAAUACCCACAUCUUAAAAGCGUGUGCGACAUCGGCCAACACCUUUUCUGGGACAAACGGUGGGCGUGGUAUGCCACUUUGGCAUGUUUCUUGGCCAACAAUACGCUUAUCCAGGGUUUGCACGUGCUUGUGGGCGCCAAAUACCUGAACACCAUCACCAACCACUCCUUGUGUACCGUAGAUUUCGGUGUGAUCGUCGCAUGCAUAGCUUUUGUCUUUUCUGUGCCCAGAACCUUUUCUUCGUUGUCGAAAGUCGCAUAUUUCUCUGCCAUUACCAUGUUCAUCGCAGUUGUCUUAGCGAUGAUCUUUGCUGGCGUGCAAGACCAUCCUGCUGGGUAUGACGGCACACCGUUAACGUUCCGGGCGUUUCCUAAAAAGGGUACUACGUUUGUGGAGGGAAUGAGCGCGUUUUUGAACAUUGUAUACUCGUUUGUGGGCCAGAUCACUUAUCCGCAAUUUAUUUCCGAGAUGAAAAGACCAGCUGAGUUCAGAAAGGUUUUGUACAUUGUAACGCUGUGCGAGGUUAUCAUUUUCACUUUGGCGGGUGUGAUAAUGUACGUCUACGUGGGAAACGAAUACAUGACUGCGCCAGCAUUUGGAUCUCUCACUAGAACAUUCAAGAUUAUCUCCUUCUCGUUUGCUGUACCCACGCUGAUCUUCGCAGGGUCUUUGUAUUCGAACGUUUCUGGUCGUCUGAUAUUUUUCACGCUGUUCAAACGUUCUAAACACCUGUACUCUCACACCACUGUGGGCUGGGUUGCAUGGGUAGGUAUACUUCUCGUGACCUGGGUUGUAGCCUUCAUCAUUGCAGAGGUUGUGCCAUUUUUCUCCGACUUGUUGUCCUUGAUGUCCUCGUUGUUCGACUGCUGGUUUGGAUUUGUUUUCUGGGGUAUGGCGUAUUUCAAGCUAAAGGAGAAAAAGUACCACACUCCAAAAUUCUACAGCGCUCUUAGCGUUACUGAGAAAAUCCAUUUUUAUGUGGCCAUCUUCUUAAUUGCGACUGGUAUUUACAUCUUAGGGCCGGGUCUUUACGCAGCCGUACAGAGCAUCAUAUUGAAUUAUCAAGCCGACGCCUAUGGAACUGUUUUUAGUUGCGCUUCGAAUGGUAGUUGA